GCGGGGGGCGCUGCCCCGGUGGCCGGCGGAGGAUGAGGAGGCUCCUGAGCGCUGGGAGAGGAAGGACUCGACCAAGAGAGCACCGAGGAGAUGUCGGCUGUGAAGCCCGACAAGGGCGAAGGCGACGCCAGCAGCACGAGCAGCGCCGGCGGUGGGGAGGCCCAGGAGUCACAGCCGUCCCCGCUGGCCCUGCUGGCAGCCACCUGCAGCCGCAUCGAGUCUCCCAAUGAGAAUUCCAACAGCUCCCAGGGCCAGCAGGGCGGGAGCGGUGAGCUGGACCUGAACGCGGCCGCCGCCCAGCUCACCCAGUCGGCCAACGGCUGGCAGAUCAUCUCGGCGGGCUCCAGCACCCCCACGGGCUCCAAGGAGCCGGGCAGCAACGGCAGCAACGGCGGCGACGCCUCCAAGAGCCGGCCGGUCAGCACCGGGCCCUACGUGGUCACCUCGGCAUCCGGCCUGCAGAACCAGCAGGUGCUGACGGGCCUGCCGGGCGUCAUCCCUAACAUCCAGUACCAGGUGAUCCCCCAGUUCCAGACCAUCGACGGGCAGCAGCUGCAGUUUGCCACCACCCCGGCGCAGGUGAACGUGCAGCAGGAUGCCUCGGGGCAGCUGCAGAUCAUCCCCGGCUCCAACCAGCAGAUCAUCACCAGCCGCGCGGGCGGCAGCAACCUCAUCGCCAUGCCCAACCUGCUGCAGCAGGCCGUGCCCAUCCAGGGCGUGGGGCUGGCCAACAACAGCCUCUCCGGGCAGACCCAGUACGUGGCCAACGUGCCCGUGGCCCUGAACGGCAACAUCACCCUGCUGCCGGUCAACAGCGUGGCCGCCAGCCUGGCCCCCACGUCCCAGACGGGCACCCUGAGCAGCUCGGGCUCGCCGGACAGCAGCUCCCAGCCGGCCACCUCGGGGGCUGCCAGCAGCUCGGCCAGCACGGCCACGUCCCAGGCCAGCUCGGGCGCCUUCUUCACCAACGCCAACAGCUACUCCACCACCACCACCACCAGUAACGUGGGCGUCAUGAAUUUCUCCACCAGCGCCACGGUGGGCACCAACGUGCAGGCGCAGACCCCCCAGAGGGCCAGCAGCGUCCCCAGCUCGGACUCUCUGCAGACCCCGGUGUCGGGGGUGGCCCUGCAGCCGGGCCAGCAGAAGGAGGGCGAUCAGAGUCAGCAGUCACAGCAGCAGCAGCAGCAGAUCCUGAUCCAGCCGCAGCUGGUCCAAGGAGGGCAGACAAUCCAAGCCCUCCAGACCACCCCGCUGUCCGGCCAGACCUUUGCCACUCAAGCCAUCUCCCAAGACACCUUGCAGAACCUGCAGCUCCAAGCCGUGCCCAACUCCGGGCCCAUCAUCAUCCGCACGCCCACGGUGGGUCCCAACGGGCAGGUGAGCUGGCAGACCAUCCAGCUGCAGAACCUGCAGGUGCAGAGCCCGCAGGCGCAGACAAUCACGCUGGCCCCCAUGCAGGGCGUGUCGCUGGGCCAGACGGGCAGCACCAGCACCACGCUGACCCCCAUCGCCUCCCUGCCCAGCGGCACCGUCACCGUCAACGCCGCCCAGCUCUCCUCCGUGCCGGGCCUCCAGACUAUUAACCUCAGUGCCUUGGGAGCGUCCGGGAUCCAGGUGCACCAGCUGCAGGGGCUGCCCCUGACCAUCGCCAACGCCCCCGGUGAGCACGGGGCCCAGCUGGGGCUGCACGGCGGCAGCGGGGACGGGCUGGGCGACGAGAGCACGGCCGUGGAGGAGGGCGAGACCAGCCCCGACCCCCAGCCCCAGCAGGGCCGCAAAACGCGGAGGGAAGCCUGCACCUGUCCCUACUGCAAGGAAGGAGAGGGCAGGAGCUCUGGGGAUCCAGGCAAGAAGAAGCAGCACAUCUGCCACGUGCCGGGCUGCGGGAAGGUGUACGGCAAGACGUCUCACCUGCGGGCGCACCUGCGGUGGCACACGGGGGAGAGGCCCUUCAUCUGCACCUGGGUGCUGUGCGGGAAGCGCUUCACCCGCUCCGACGAGCUGCAGCGGCACAAGCGCACGCACACAGGAGAGAAGAAGUUCGCCUGCCCGGAGUGCCCCAAACGCUUCAUGCGCAGCGACCACCUCUCCAAGCACAUCAAGACCCACCAGAACAAGAAGGGAGGCGCCGCCAGCGUGGCCAUGAACGUCUCGGCCGUCCCCAUGGACACGGCGGCCUCGGCCGAGGGCAACGGCGGCGCCACGCCCUCGGCGCUGAUCGCCACCAACAUGGUGGCCAUGGAGGCCAUCUGCCCCGAGGGCAUCGCCCGCCUGGCCAGCAGCGGCAUCAACGUCAUGCAGGUGGCCGACCUGCAGUCCAUCAACAUCAGCGGCAACGGCUUCUGAGGCUUCUGAGCGGCACCUCCAGCGCUGCCCGGCCGCCUCCUCCACCUGAAGGCCAGAGCUAUAUAUAUUUUUUUUUAAAUUUUGGCUUGAUUUCCCCCCCCUCCCCCUUUUUUUGUCCCUUUUUCCUCCCCUCCUGCCUCUCCCCCCAACCCGAGGUCCCUUGGCGUCAUCAUGCCUUGGUCCUUUUAGCAAAAAAAACCAAAAAAAAGCAAACAAAAAAAGAACCCAACGACAGAAA